GCCGAAAUCGCUCUCGUCGAAGUGGCCCAUGUCGGGCAGAUAGUACGGUAUCGUUUCGACGACCACGUUCGGGCCGGCCUGGACCUGCUGGACGUUGCUGAAGAAUGGCACAAUGAUAUCGUCGUUCGCUGGCUGCGGUAUCUCGUUGUCGGAGAAGAUCUGCAGGCCGUUAAACUGGUAGCCUCGCUGCUGCUGCUGCUCGCGGUAGCCGUCCUUGCCAGCAAAGAUGCCAGCGGCAAACCGGUCGACGGUGUGGCCAGCACGCCCAGCAAGCCGCCGCCGCCGCCGCCACCACAGCUACACCCAUCCGGCCCGUCCAAGCCGCCGACCACCGCAACGAAGAAAGCAUCCUCGCACGGUAAGCGCGAGGUGGCCAGCGCCUACGGACUGCCGCACUACCAGCCGUCCCACCAUCGCUACUCGUUCGCGGGCCAUGCGCAGCCGCUCGGCGAGUUUUACGCACCCCCGGCCACCAGCCACGGCUCGUACAGCUACAGCAUCCCGCAGCAUUCGCCCUUCCCGCCCAUGCACGGUUCGUUCGGUGGCCACAAGCUUUACCUCGGUCCGGCGCCAUCGCUCACCACCAGCUACAAGUACACGCCGGCCUCUUCGCACGCGUUCUUCGCACCGGCGGUCGGGCAGGGCCACCAGUUCACCGGUGGGUUCGGUGGUCCCGAGCCGACCCACUUCAAGUACGGCAGCAGCUUCGGCUCGAAGGAGCUGUCCGAUCUGCUGAAACAGCUGCACUCGGUGGGGCCGCUCACGAUCAAGGCCAUCCCGGCGAGCUACGCGUACGGAUCACCGUUCCCCGAGCAGGACGCUGGCCACCCUAGCCCCUCGGUCGUGCUCGAUAGCAGCGCUUUCCACCUGAAACCGAUGCCACUAAAGUUCCACCCGGAGGUGGCCAGCUUCGCCCAUGGCGUGAGCCUUCCGCAAGCGGCCGCCCUUACGGCACCGGCCGGUCCAACGUCGACGUCUUCCACGUACGGCCACUUGGCACACUCGCUCGGGCACGAACCGUCGUACGCGAGCGGUGUGAAGGGGCUGCGCCAUUACUCCAGCUCCCCGAACGUCCCCGCCAGCGAUCUGUACUCGGGCAACAAGUACAUCUCCACGCUGAAUCUACACCAGCCCACGACGGCCACGAUGGUGUCGCCCCUGCACACCUCCGUCCACUCUACGGUCGGAGGCGGCGGCAGCGGCAGCAGCAGCAGUGCGCACCAGAAGCCCUUCAAACCGUCCACCUACCUUGGCUCGACGCACGAAACCAUCUCGGCGCCCUCCACCUCGCACACCGGCGCGUAUCUGGCGCCCUCGCUGCAGUACCUGCCCCCGGUCAGCAAAGGGGCACCGUUCCCGCCCAAGCUCAGCUACGACUCGCCGGCCAAGCAUGGCUACCUGCCACCAGCUCCCCCGUCCACCAACGCGUACCUUCCCCCGCCGCCAAAACCGGCCCACGGAUAUCUGCCACCCGUGCCGAGCUCGAACUACCUUCCACUCUCUGCAUCUUCUGCACCGUCCGGAUCGCACGAAGACACUGGCCGGAAGCCGUCAGGACAGCAGCAGCAGCACCAUCACCACCAUCACAUCCACCACGGCAGCGAACAGUCGAGCGAAAGUCUCGAGUACAGUGGAGCGACCGCCGCCGUCCCUACGCCAACGGCCGUGACAGCGUCGCACCACUGGAAGCACUAGUCGGCCAGCGUCCAGUCCAGUCCUGCACCAGCUGCAAUGCGUCCAGGUUUCUGUACAGCAUUUCCCCAUCUGUUGCUUCCGACCAAAUGACCAAAUGGUGCAAAAAAAACGGCAGCAAAACAACGUGGACGAGGAUGGGGAAAAUGUGGCGAUCAACGAACGGUAACGAUCGCAUAUACAUAUCAAAAGCCUUAAACAGAUCGUUGGUGUGACGUGAAGGAGGAGGCUCGUUUGCAACCGUUGCGAACGAACGGCUGAUGAAUGCGCCACUGCAGCACGGAGAGGUGCGCUGCAAAGUCGAGAUUGUUAGAUUGUAACGAUAACUUAUAACUGUAGAAUCCUCCUCUUUUAAAUGAUAAACACGGUAUCGUUGAUGUUUCCUCGUCACCGUUUA